AAGAAACAGUCUAAGAAGACGGCAAAGUUGAACUCAGAGCGGAGGAGCCUGAAAUUUUGGGCACAGGGUGUUUGGGAGGAUGAGAUUUUGGCCCCGCAUAUACAAAGAUACCAAGAUGCGCUAGAGCGGGGCCAAUGUGCUGAGGCAGCAUAUCUCCAACAUGUCUGUCAUGAAUACCAUGCUCAGGUGCCAUGGCAGACCCAUGACAACAAAGAGCCUCCUUUGCCCCUGCCAGCGUAUGUCAGGGGAACCCCUGCUUUUGUCCAAUCAUCAUAG